AUGGCUAUCGAGUCAAAUCCUUCAGACGGGCGAAAUUUCAAAGAUCUCUCUGGUGUAGACACGGCUGCGUUCGCGAAUCCGUACAAUGCUCUACUCCAAUCAUGUAACCAAGACCCAAGUCAGAUUCAAGCCCGCUAUUCGACUCAUCGAGAGACUAGGAACGAGCAGCAAAAAGCGAAGAUCUUGUCACCCGACUUUGCAGGCUUCAACACAGAUCCCAUUCUUUCCAAGCUCAUCGACAAUGUGAAUCAUCCUGCAUACGAAGACCCCAGAAACUGUUUGACGAGGCUAGCACACCAGUUUCCAUCACUCUGGUUCAUGCCAACAGAAGAUCUGCACUUGACAGUGAUGGAGAUGGCUCAUUCGAAAACUUGGCAUGAGAUCCAGCAGAUGAUCGAUAUCAUGGAGCCAAAGAUACCAGAGAUCACAGCCUACACGACCAUGUACCACCCUACCCUUGUGAAGCCCAUGGUCAGCUAUGAUAGCGCAGCACUCGCCCUGAGCUUUUUGCCAGUGUCGACUGAGUCCUACACCUACCAUCACUUGCGACGGGAUGCGUACGAGCUCUGCCGGAGUACUGGCGUUGAGGUAGGCUCGAGAUAUGUAGUGCCAUCAUCGCAUCUCACGAUUGCCCGUUUCGUGAAUCAAGACAUCUUCGAGAAGAAGCAGAUGAAGGACCUCGUAGAAGAGAUUGAGGGUAUCAAUGAAGGAUUGCAAGAGUAUUGGUCUGAGGAAUCGUUAGAAUGGAUUGUUGGCGAGGAGAAGGGACUGGUUAACGUCCCAAAAACCCGGCGCACAUACUGCAAGGGCCAGAAAUGCAGGAAACACACACAGCAUAAGGUCACGCAAUACAAGACUGGCAAAGCCUCAACAGUCGCACAAGGAAAGCGCCGUUACGACCGCAAGCAGUCCGGAUACGGUGGACAGACGAAACCGGUGUUCCACAAGAAAGCGAAGACAACGAAGAAAGUGGUGCUGCGGUUAGAAUGCACAGAAUGCAAAUACAAGGCUCAGCUUUCGUUGAAGAGAUGCAAGCACUUUGAGUUGGGUGGUGAUAAGAAGACGAAGGGAGCGGCUCUUGUGUUCUAG